AUCGGAAAAAAAGUGAAGACGAUUCAUAUUAUUUAUCUUAUAAACUAAACGUUGGCAUAAUUUUUUUUAUUUAUAAAUUGUGUUUUAUAUAUAUGUAACAUAGUGUUGUGAUUUCUGUUAAAAAUGUCUUUGCUUAAUGAAGAAAACAAUUCGCAACGAAAAUCAAAGCGUUCAAUCAUCAAGCCUACUCGCUUCAGAGAAGACGAUUCAUCUGAUGAUGAACCUGCUCCAAAAAAAAAAAAUACAAGUGCAAGCCGAGUCGACAAAGUGCAUUUGAAAAAACGUUCUGGUUCAUCUCGUCAAGCACAGUACUACCAUAGACAAAAAGCAUUGAAGUCUUAUCAUCAAGCAUUUCCGUAUGACGUGUUAUUUCGAGGUUUUCAAGAUGUAAAUAUUCAGGAUAAUACUUCAGCUUCUAAAAAAUCAUUCACUGAGUCAGCCGAAGAUGAAGAACAAGAAGAAGAAAACACAGUACCUGAUAAUUCUAAUGACGAUACUGAACAUUACUUUAAUGCUAACUAUUCAAUGAAGGAUGACUCUCAUUAUAGCAACCUUCAAAGUAAAGAUAGCUCUGAAGAUUUUGUAUCUACAACUUCAUCAGAUGAUGAUAACUGUACAAAUGGAUUGGAAACAGAAGAAAUACAAACAUGUGAAGUAUCUUGUAAAAACCUUCGCGAUCGCAAUCACGAAGCUAACAAUUCAAAACCGUUUUUCAGCUGUGCACUUACUGAGUUUCUUGAUUCACCUAUAUGGAAUCAUAAGUUUUCGAAAAAAGAUUUUAUUCUUACGAGAAUUGUAAAUUUUCUACACUCGAGAGAAACUUACCAAUCGUUGCUCAAUUGUUUUAAAACUUUCAAUGACAUGACCGUAAAUGGUAACUUACCAAAUCACAAACCUUCAUUGUGGCGAGUUUUGGGGAGAGAUAAUACCAAUAUAGUUAAACAUAUAUAUUGUAGUCGUUGUCAUUCGUUCUUCGGUUUUAAAAAUUCUGAAAGAUUGCAGUCUAAAGACUGCGUCAAUAAUACAGAACAUGAAUUCUCCUAUUUUCUUCAGUUAGGUUUGAAAUCACAAAUAAUUGAGCUUUUCUCACACCCGAAUAUUAAUAACUUACUGAGCUAUCGUUUUAAACGUCCUGAAACAAAUACUAUUCGUGAUAUUUAUGAUGGUGAAAAAUACAAGCAACUUUGUAAAGCAGGGAACUUUUUGUAUAAUCGUUUUAAUUAUUCAAUUACAUUUAGUACCGAUGGUGUGAGUAUGGGAGAUACCACGAAUAAAUCAGCUUGGCCAAUAUGGGCGCAAAUCAAUGAAUUGCCACCUCACAGCCGCCAUAAACAUAUGAUGUUAGCUGGCUUAUGGAUAGAUAAAACAAAGCCAAUAUUUACAGAUUUUUUACUUCCUUUUGCAAGUGAAAUGCGUGAUUUGUAUACAACUGGUAUUGUAUGGAAACCUGAAGGCAUAGAAAACGUAACCAGUAAAUUUAUAUCUCCUGUAUGUACAGUCGACUCAGUUGCUAGAUGUGAUGUACUUAACAUGAAACAGUAUAAUGGGUUUAACGGUUGUACUUACUGUAGUAAUAUGGGACAUUCCAUAUCUAAACAAUUUGUUUAUUUGCCACCAUCCAUGCUGAAAGAAAAAACAACUUUGCGUACUCAUGAUGGUAUGUUGUCAUCAAGCAAAGAAGCUCAUGAAACUAAAACAGUUGUUCAUGGAAUUAAAGGUGUGUCAGCCUUAGCUAUAAUUCCUGGUAUGAAACUAGAUACUGGUUUGCCUGUAGAUGCAUUACAUGCUUUGUGGAUCGGAGCUGUCAAGCAGCACACUACACAAAAUUUUUUUUCGUCUAUGGGAGAUUGGUUUGUAAAAAAUCAAAAAUGGACAAGGAUUAAAGAUAUUUAUGACUCAAUCGAUGAAAUUCUACUGAAAAUUAAACCACCGACGCGAAUUUCACGAACACCUAGAACAAUUCAAGAUAUGAGUAAUUGGACGGCAUCAGAGUGGAGAAAUUGGACCUUGUUUUAUAGUCUUCCUUGCCUCAAAAGAGUUUUGCAACCAGUUUAUUUUGAUCACUUUGCACUAAUUGUAAAUGCAGCGUACAUAUUAAACUCUGAUUCAAUUGAUGAAAAAAAUUUAAAAUUAGCCAAAAAACAACUAUCGAAAUAUGUUGAAGAUAUGGCAACAUUGUGGGGUCUAGAUUCUAUGAGUUACAAUGUACAUUUGAUGACACACAUUGCAGAUUCUGUCAGGAAUUGGGGACCUUUAUGGUGUUUUUCAACUUUCUCUUUCGAAUCAUGGAACGGUGAUAUUAUCAAAAUGAUUUCUAGUCCUUAUCACCGGGAUCAUCAAAUUGUAGCUAGAUUUUUAUUGAAAAAAAUUGUGACACAUGCAAUUAAUGAUGAAACAGUUAAUCCAUUAGUGAAAGAAAAUAUCAAGAAAUCCUUAAACGGAGUGAAAUCGUUUUCAAGUGACUUUACGCUUGUUGGAAAAUCGACCGUUUGUCGAACGAAUUCAAAUGAAGAAUCAGCUCUUUUAGAUUCAAAUUUUAAAUGCAAACAAUAUUUAUCAUUUAUAAAAGCAACAUUGAAUGGAGUAGAUUAUCAGUGUGAAGACAAUCACAGACGAAAAACUUGUAACUCUGUAGCCUAUUGUAAUGAUAUUGGUUUUGUUCAAAUUUUGAAGUUUAUAACUUUUACUCACGAGAAUCAGCAUAUUAUUGGAAUGUUUGUUCGUCAAUUUAAAGAAAUUAAAAGAGUUUUCAAUACAUGUCAUAUUUCGCAAGUUUCGGAAAGAAAAAAAAUUUUAUUUUGCGCUGCUAAUAGUAUUAAUGGACCAGCUAUUAUAUGUAAUGUUAACACAGUCAAAUAUGCGAUGAAACUUUCAACUUAUUGGGACUCUGAUUAAUACAUUUGUAUUAUUAUUUGAAAAAAAUCUAUGCAACAAUCCGCGUUUAUCAAGAAGCAAAUGAAUACAAGAAUUUCAUAAACCAUUUCAAAAUUUGAUGAAAUAUUAAAGUAGUAAGUAAGUAACCAAACUUAUAAAGAUUGCAUUAUAGAAUUCAUUAAACAAUAAAUGUACAAAUGAAC